CAGUCAUAAGAAUCCAGGACAAGUUACCAAAGUGAUAAAACUACUGGAAUCAGAAUACACAAAGCAGGACCCAAUGACAAUCACACAAGGUAAGAAACACCAGUACCAAGGAAUGAACAUUGACUUUGAAUAACAGGAAGGUGAGGUUCAAAUAACGAUGUAUGAUUAUAUGCAGCGGAUGAUACAAGAAUUGACAACAGGCAGAUAUGAUUGGAAGAAAAGAGACUGCAGCACCAACACACUUGUUCCAAACUGACCAAGAGGAUCCAACCAAACUGGUUAGGGGAAUAGCAGAGGACUUCCAUUCCAUCACAGCACAAGCACUGACCAGAUCUACAGCUGGCAACAGCAUUCCUCUGCACACAGGUGAAAUCACCAGACAAACACGCCUACAAGAAACUCAGACAUCAAGUGAUGUACCUACUACAGGCAACUGCACACCUACCAUUAAUACUGCAAGAAGAUGGAAAAGGGACAGCAUUAUACCAAACAAGUGAAUGUGUGUGUGUGUAUGCAUGCGUGCAUGUGUGUAUUCUCUUCUUUGUUCUGUUUUAUGACUACUCUGCCACCUGUAUCUUUGUUCACUGGCUGCAGAUUCUCUUGCCUUCAUUGGCUUGGAAGUGUGCUUGGCACCUGUUUGUUUCCUUGUUCACUGCAGAGAGACUUGCCCUUUUUGGUUUGGCAGUGCACUUUGCAAUGAUUGUGACAUGACUCUCAUCCAUCCAAACUGUGAGCCAACUCUUCUAGUAUGUCCUAUGAGUCCAGUCCAAAGCGUUAAUUGGCCUGCCAGUAUUCAUAGAACCUAAUUGCUCUUCCACAAACACUCCUUGGAGGGAGGCACUGCCCCUCACCAGAACAGUUAGGAGCAUUCUUCUUCUCCCUAGUCAAGAGAAGUAAUGGCUCUGGUCAACAUAGCACCUCUUCUAGUUAAUGAAGUUAAACAAAGUUUUAAGAUUUCCCCCUUUUCUCUCCUUAGUAUUACCAGUAGACAAGGCUGUUCUGUUUUAUGAAGUUCAGCACCACCAAUAUUGAAAAUAUCAGUAUUUCUGGUAAUUCUACUAGUACUAGUAGCAGUAGUACAAGACACACUCUCAGGCUUGUAAGUACACUACACUAAGACCUGGUCAUUUGCUGCUUUUGAAGAAACUGGCAAAAUCAUGUAACAACAACUUGAAGAGUUUGUAGUAGUAUUGUAAUUGCAAGAAGAAGAAGAAGAAGGUUGAGUUGAUGAUCAUGCAUAAUAAUAUGUUUGCUUGAGCCAAGAAUGGACGAGGAAGAAGUAAGAUGCAAAAGCUAAAAAUGAUAUUGCUUAUCAAAUGAACAAUAGUGCAGAGCCCAAUAUUCUUGAUCAUGCUUGUAAACAUAACUUGAACUCUACAUGUAUUCUGAAUGGUUUUCUCCAUUUCUAAGAAAAUUCAAGGUAAGGCAGGAGUUGUUUACAAUGAUCCACCACUCCAGCAGUGGUGCUGGAAAGUGCACCAGCAAACAAGUUUCCCAAUUCUUGCAAGGCUCGCUGAGAUCUAUCUUCCUGUGCAACCCACUUCAGCUCCAUCUAUGUGUGUCUUCAGACAAGCUUCCAGCAAACAUGUCCUGCUCCUGGCUAGUAGUACUAGGAGCAAGGCACUCAUCCCACCUCUGCCCAUUUGUUGGAUCCAUCAGAGGAUGAUGCUACUAGUAGCUACUAGAAAAGCAUUUUUAUUCCUUGUGUCUAAACACUGGGGGUGGUGUGAGAUGCAUUUGCAGUAGAUAAAUCUGGCAGAGAUGGAGAUGGCUGUAGCAGAUGGUGAUAGUUUUGAUGAAUAGUGACAGGGCAAACAUUGGAUGACAUGGCUCUAGCAUUGACUAAUAUCCAAUUAAGCACUAAUCCCCCCCAAAGUACACUAAGUAUGUACUGUAUGCUUCCUUUUGGCCUGUUUACUUUUUCCCAUCUCCGCCCAAAUUCGUGCAUUUUUAGAAUUUUUUUGGAGUUUCCAUGAUUUUCACCUAUGUAGACUGCAGUAAAAAUCCUACACAAAAUAAGAUUGAAAUACCAAAAAGAGUUUUAAACAAUUACUUUGUAAAACACCUUUUCUGCUCACCAUUCAUUUCUCUCCUCUUAAUAUCCAACCAAGAAAAUAUAAAACACUCCAAACCAGAACAUAAAUUAUCACCCAAACCACCAUAUUUACCAACAUGAAAUAAUCAUAUCACCAAGAUGGAUGAUGUUGAUUCUUUUUCUGAUGGUUGACAAUUCUUCUGCUGUCUAUGAAUGUGUCACAGGUGAAGAGCUUACAAAUGCACAUAAUUCUUUGGAAGAUUGUAGUAAAGCCCAGGCAAAAGUUAUAGCCUGUCAUGACUUUUCAAUGUUCAAGGAUAUGAAGCAAUCAAUUUUGAUUUUGACAAUUGAGAGUAUCUGGUCAGUGAAGGAGCAGAACCAGUUGAGGCAGAAGGAGGAAUUGGCAGUAAUACCAAAUGAAGCUUGGAAGCAGGUUGAUGAUGCAGAGGAAUGGUAUUCUCCUCCCAAUGUAGGAGGUGUGACCCCAGGUCCCACGUGUGCUGUAAGCAAUUCAUUGGAUGGCUGCACUAGUAAGGUGGAGGGGUUGGUGCAUUUGUUCUUGUUCUUGUUUGAUGAAAACAUCCUUUGGAUGAUAGCAAAUGAGUCCAACCAGUAUGUGUUUGAAGAUUGGGUGACAGAAGUGAAGCUACCGAUGCUAAUGGAAGGGUAAAGAAGACAAAGAUGCUCAAGCUCUGUGAUGUCACCAAUCCCAACAAAUGAAAGCGUGUUCUACAUUCAGUCAAAGACCAAUGGAACUUCACUUCUGGUUACAUCCUUGCCUGGCUUGGUAUAUGCAUCUGCUAUGGAGGUCUGGGUGGUUCAAAAGAAUCUCCCCAAAUUCUUUGGACUUGUCUUGAGGAUGGUGGUGUGUAUGCUCCCAUGGUCAAGAAUAAAAUGAGCAAGAACGGAUGCGGCUUUGUUAGACGAUACAUUCAUUUUGGUGACAACAGGAGCUAAGCUAAUCAUACUGACAACACACUCUACAAAAUCUGUACUGUGAUGGAGAAAACUGCCAAUUGUCUUUGUCUUGGGUGGCAUACAAAUAUUGACCUAUCUGUUGAUGAGUCUAUGAUUGUAUACAAAGGAAAAUCCAUUCAAUUUGUUCAGUAUCUUCCCAAGAAGCCAAUCAAGCAUGGUAUUAAGGUGUACUAUGUGUGUGAUGCUGACACUGGGAACUUAAUUGUAUUUGAGAUCUACACUGGUAUUAGUAGUGGGUCUACAUGGGCUAUUAUUCAGGAAUUGGUACAUCAAUCCAAUCUUGGACAACAAAAUGGCUGUCAACUGUUCAUUGACAACUUCUGCCUUACAAUGAAAGGUGUGACCAAGCUAUAUGAAGAAUACAGAUGGGUAUCAGAUGAUACCUUUGUAUUUUCUUCUGUUUGCUUGAUAGAGUGGUACACUCCUGCUACAUUAUUGUCACUAGCCUAGCAUGUGACGAGUUUAUGAAGGAAUGGAAGAUACACAAAUCAAAACACAACGGUAGGAAAAACAAGUUUCAAUCUCAUCUUCUUGGCAUUGCAUUGAUGAAUAGAGGUAUCAAAAUGGACUGGAAAGCUCCAUAUGAUGAAGAUUCUAAGCCAGAGUGGAUGCCUCAGACUUCAAAGAAUUGAAAAUAUCACCCUUGCAAUUGCGAGAUUUGUUUCUUCUGUGUGGUGAACAAGAAGACCAGCACCAUUGCUCAUGGAAAGGUAGUAAUGUCAAAGCCACAUAAAGAAAGAUGGAGUGGUAAGUAUGAAGGAGUAAAGAGGAACUAUUGUGUUGUGUGUGUAGAAGAAGCAAAGCAUAUGUAUCCUAACUCAUCAGUGAGGAGAUUGAGGAAGUUGCCACCACCAUGGAUUCGCACUUGGUAGUAUAAAAAUGUCAACAAGGAAUGUUGGUUGCAGAGGUUGCAAUGUUGCUGUAUGUAAAGAGCAUUGGAGUAACUUCAACCAUCAAGUGUAGUGAUGUGUUAUAAAUGAAAAUAUUUAUAUUUGUUAAUAUAUAUUCUUGUAAUAUUGUUCAUAGUGAUGAGAGGGGUGUGAUUGCAUAAGUAGAGUAAUAGUAGAGUAGUAGUAGUGUAGUAGUAGCAAAGAAAAAAAAUCCCAAAUUUUCCAGGUGGCAACAUUUGGCAACACGCGACGGGAAAAAGUUCAGGUUGCUAGUUCAAGAACUAACGGGUUGUGGUUUGUGCAUUUCAAUUCAAUCUCAGUCGUGCAUCAUUCGAUCCACGUGGCAUUUUUUUGUGCAGCUUUGGGGUUAAGGAUUUUGGAAAAAUUAUAAUAACUUGUGCCUCAUUUUUUUGACGUACGUACGAUGAGUACUAGUACUCGAACCUCCUCGUAAAUACAAUCUAUCACAACGGACGAUGAUGGACGGUCCGAAUGAAAGCACACCGUUCCUUCCUUUCAGAGUUGUUCCACAUCGUGUGUGACCAUGAGAUUCCCCUCCCUGAAGCAGCAAGAAAGAUUAUCAAUCUAUAUCUAGUGCACUCAAUCGAAAAGAAGUGGAGCAACCUAGUCACUAUUGUAUCCAAUAACGAUAGCCCAUUGACGAGCAAACGCAACACAAUACAACACUUAAAAGAAACAUCCAUCAUGGCCAAAACAAAAACAAAAGCCGCCACCAAGGGAGGCUCCAAGCGCGAAAAGCCCCCCGCUCUUGAUCAGUACAAAAUGCCCCUUAUCGCCCUUUGUCUGAGCAUGCUAGGAUACCAUAUGUUCCGGGGCAUGAUGGCCAAGGAAAUCAAGAGAGUCGACAUGACCGCCACCGCCAACGAGCUCGAGCUGAGAGAGGUCUUUUUCGGAGAGGACGUGAACACAGGAUCCACGAACUACGCCGUCUUGUGCUACCCCGAGAACGCCGUCUUUCCCGUCUCUUCAGUCUUCCAGGAUGCCGCCAAUGACGGGAGCGCACCCUGCCAGUUCCGUCUCAUGGAUUGCGACGCGGCCAUGCCCUUUUCCGAGGAAGGAAAGUCCGUCGUCAAGAGGUUCGGCCUCAACAAAAAGACGCGCCCGGUUGUCUUUGUCAGCGGUGCCGUCGGCCAGCCCAAGCAGGUCCCCGCGAAGUACCUCAAAACCGGAGCCAUGCUUACUAAGGCCCUGAAAAACCUCCUCGAACCCAGGGCUGAAAAAAUCGAGACGACGCAGGACCUCCGAUCCAAGUGUCUGGACAAGGACAUUUGUGGUUUGAUGCUCAAGGGCGGCAAGGUUUCGCCGACCUAUGCGAAGGAAGCCAUGCAAAAAUUGGUGGUGGAAUACCCCAAGGUCACCUUUGCGGCGGUAGAUUCCAGUGUCUUGUACGUGAAGGGCAUCGAGGCCGAAUUUUUGCCGGAACUCACACCGGGGCUUCCCCGCUUCAUUGUCUUUCAAAAGACCAGCGGGGGUGUCAAGUCGGACAGCUCUCGUCUCAAGUCGACGGCAAUCCCCCUGGAUGUGGAUGUGGCAUACGGACCCAUGUCCAAUCUCGUAGCUUCCGUGGUCAGCGGAAAGGCCGAGAUGACCAAGAUUCCGGCAUCGCCCACCAUCAAGACGCGCACCAAAAAACUCGAAAAAUCCGAAAACGAAAAACGACAACGUCGCAAGAACAAGACCAACGGUAGCGGCGACUCUAGUUCCGACAGUGGGACGCCGCAUUCGGGUGCAAACGAUGGUUCGAGAGAGGGACGAAGAGCAGAACGAGAACGCCGCAGGGCAGAGCACCGCAAGAACAAUCCCAACUACAGGGAAAAGACGCCGGAAGAAAUCAAGGAAAUGGAACGGAAGCGCCGCAUCCGCAUGGAGGAAGAGGCCAAGAAAUGGAACAUGGAUGCCGAGGAUCCUUCAGAGGAUAGUUCUUCGGGUGAAUACAUGGUGGAGGACGAGGGCUUUGACGAGGACGAAGAAAAUCUUGACGAAGAGGACGAAGACGUCAUGGACCUCGACUAAAUGCGAACGAACGAAAAAGUGUCAUAUGCGCAUGCAUCUCUCUGAUCUUGACCACGGUAGAUCAAUAAUAUGCUAGAAUGCAA